AUGUCGUCGGCCACUUUGAAAGCCUACACAACGCAGAAGGCGUUGAAAACUGUUGUGGAGAACUUCAGAAAGCCACGUCAGCUUUUCAUGUACCACCCAAUUCAAUUUGAGAUUAAUGGAACUUUCCCCACUACUAAAACUGCUCUAUUCUCUAAAAAUGUCAAUGGUACUACUUAUUGGAUGGCAAACAUGACAAAUGUUUAUGAGAGAGACCGUCAGAUUCUCACCCAUGAUGGAAAGUUUCGAGAGGAAGAUUUUCUGGCGGUUUUCGAUGAAUUCUGCAAACAGAAUGGGCUGUUCGCUGGCUCGAAUACCCCGUCCACAGUUGCAGAACGAUGUUAUACACAGGCGAAAAAAAGACAAUACAAUAUAUUGCAGAUCGAAAAGUACAUGAAGAAAAACAAGAUCGAGGCGCAGGUCAACAACAAAUCGUCCCACUUUUUUGCAAUGAACGAGAGUCAAAUGUUCAAAUACAGACACUACGAAGAUGGAUCACUUCCUGAUGGCUACUCAAUCAAUGUACCCGAAUCUGUAGAUGAUGUUUCCCAAAUUUUAGGAUCUUCAGUAGCUCCGAAUGCCAAACUUGUCGAAGAAAAACUCCGACGUUUCCCAUCGCUCUGCGUUCGGAAAGGAGACGAGUUGGCUGGAUUUAUCUCUUCUGAAACGCACGGAGCUCUAGCUCAUCUUCAUGUUUUCGAUAGUCACCGAGGAAAGAAUCUAGGAGAGAAAUUAGAAAUCGGAGCAGCCAAAAUGGCAAUUGAGAAUGGAAUCCGGCCAUGCAAAUUCAUCGACACCACGAACGAAUUCUUCUUAGAAAAGGCGAAAAAAUCGAAAAUGAUGGAUGUGGUUGAAUCGAAUGGAACUCCACUUGUCUUUGAUCAAAAUGUCUACUCGCCAGCAUCAAAUUAUGGUGCUUAUCAAUGA